AGAGCUGAAUGAGACCGAGCGCACUCACAGCUGACCUGAUGUUGGAAGGAACAAAGACGGUCGUGCUUUGCCUGUGGGCUCACCUAUGUGAGCUCUUCCCUAGCCUGGCCGUGUUAGGCGUGAUCGCAGGAAGGUGCAACGAGAAUGGUGCUUCUGGCUGCCCCUUGCCAGCUGCUGUAGGGGCAGAAAUACACAGGGGGAGGAGGGUGGAGGACCAGGAGGUUCCUAAUCUUUGCGAAGAAGGUCACCAUUUUCUAACAGAGCCGUUGUUUUUUUUCCUACCCCUUGUUUCUUCGCGCUCCUGCGGCAGUCUGCCCGCCAGGACCAGGUGGGAUGACGCAUUCUGCGCGGUCAUGCUCGCCGCUGCCAAACUCCGCAGGUGACGCCGAGAGACCCUGCUCAUUUCCUUUCAUUUCCUCGGGGUGAGCAAGCCAACGUUCUUUUAAUCUUUCGCACAGGGGGCCCUAGGCCACCAGGCUGAGCUGGAAAGCGUCCUGCUGGUUUUGUGCGUUCAGCCCCGGGGUUGCAGCUUAUUUGGGGCCGGCUGGCGAGGCUCGCAGCGGCAGCCCUGUCUGUGCCGCGCAGAUAUCUGGGCUCUUUGCGAGGCAGCUCCUCAGCUGCUGCGGUUCACAGUGCAGGGCUUUAAAGGAAGCUGUCAUCUAUUUUUGUCAGGUGCUUAAGAUGCUAAUAUCUGCUUGGAAUACGGUACGUGUGGGUAUUUGAGACACCAGUCUAGCAAGAAAAUGUUUAUUUAAAAAAAAAAUCUUCCAAUUUUUCUAUUAACCAUUUUGUGAACUUUCCUUACCGUGACUGUUAGGUACAGCCUUACUGGUGCUGUGAUGCUUUAAGGGUUCCACCAAUCUUAAAUCUGCUGGUGACCUUAGGUGAUGAAAAAGUGCCUGCCUGGCAGCUUGUCUGAACCGGCCCCAGUUUUUCCUGUCCCCAACUUCUUAUCGGAGAAAUGUUAUUUUGAAAAUAUUUCCACCGUGACCAGCUUCUGGCUUCAUGGGCUAGAAGGGAAGAAGCACAGUACUAUGAAGGAUACCUGAGGACUUGGAAGUGGCUAGUUUGAAGAAAAACUUGUGCUUGCUGCAGGCUUUUGGCAUACAUGCGUUUGCUUUCACCAGAUACAUUCUUGACCUUAUUUUCUUCUUUCUUUUCUUUCACGUAUUCCUAUGUUAAUAUUUUUGUCAUUGCAGAAGGCGCUGUUUGUUGCAGGGAUGUGAAGUAUUACUUUAUUGGUUUUAAUUCAUUAUUAUUAGGUCAUAAACACCUUCUGAACAGACGUUUCCAUCCCCAGAGGGAUGGUUAUUUUGUUUUCCAACCAAAAUGGUUUCCAACCCCAGAGGGUUAGUGGUUCAAGUGCCUCAGGCUGACCUGAGUGUAUUGCCAUGGCCAUUUUUAAUGUGCUGGAGUUUAAAUGGACACAUGCAGGAGUCAGCUGUGCUUUGAAAUGAAAGUAUGGAUGUGGUAGUUGUGAAACAUUACGUGGAUGAAAUGGUUCUCUGAGGCGUUUUAGCGUGGUGGUUAAGAAACGUCAGAAAUGGAAAAAUCAAUAUAGCUCAUAUGUAAUGAAUUUUAAAACCGUCUAAUUAAUAGCUUUUAAAGCAAUUACAGAUGAGGAAUUGCUUUCCAACGUGCAUCUUUCUAUAGGGUAUUAGCUGCCAUUGAUACGUGACCACGUGUAAGAUUCUCACCAACAAAGUUUGCCUCUCGCUGAAGUCCUCAGGGCAGAAAACGCAGGUUUAGGUAAGGGGAGCCAGGCUCAUACACUGAGAACUGGGGGUACAGAAAGGGAAAGCAGUGUCUGUGGGUUGUGGUAGGCAGUCAGCAGGCUGCAGCAUCACCGUGCUGUGACCGAAAGGGCCGGCGUGCUCCUGAGUGUACGCGUAGUGCUAUAGAUAACACAAGUCCCCUCUUUAUUAGGCUGUUUGGUCUGGUCUGCUUUUAGAGUAUAGGACAUGCCUGGGAUAUUGGCGUGCAAGAUGUUGAAACGCAGGAGAGAAGAGAAUAACACGAGAAUCUUGUUAAAGAAGAGAAAAAGAGCCCAAUAAUAAGAGGCAUAAGAGGAUCAGUCUGCUUAGCUUUUGAAGUUCAUUGACUCCCACCUAACUAUUUACAAAUUGCAAAGUGUUUCCAGCAUCAGGCUCUCAAUAUCAUCCUGUUCUGCCUUUAUUUAAUAGCUGUGCUUUAUGUUAAUACUUUAAAAAGGCAUACCUACAUGUAGUCAAUUCUCUGGAAUUUAAAAACAAAGGGCGAUAUUUAUUUGAUUUGGAAGUUUGUUGAAGGGAUUUGGCUUGUCUGGCUCCUCAUCUGCUGUGACGUGCCAGUUUUCUAGUUGCAUCCCGACCGAUAUUUUGUUGGGGCGUGCUGGGGGAAGGUAGGAAUUGGAUGAACAGGAGGGUGAACUUAGCGCAGGUGGAGCCUCUGCGGAGUUUGAAAUGUUGUUUGCCUGGAAAGCAAGGCUGUGUUGGAAGUGUUUUUCCUUGAAGACUUGUUUAGUGUCUAUGUGUGUCUGUCACAUAAUGUUUAAAAGACAGUGUCAGUGUUUUCAAGCUACUGUAUUUUAAAGUGUUUGCACUUUUAGGUAUUAAGGACUGCUGUAAGCAUGUGCAUGUUUGAGUUCAUGCUGUGGGCUAUAACAGUAUUCUAGAAGGUAAUCUAACAUGCAGACCUUGUUUUUGGUAGUGGUGUGUGAUGUAAAAAUAACUGCGUGACACUGACAUCCCAAAAUACAGCCUCGAUUCUGACAGUUGCAGAAGGGAUGCGUGGAUGGGCUUUCGUUGUCCAGCGGUGCUGAACAGAGAAGUUCCUGAACGACGCUCUCAGGUCCAGCUGUGAUGUGUUAAAGGGUCAGCUCUCUUAGUAGAUCUGCUUGUGGCUACCAGAAUGAAGAUGGUAAACCAUACGCAAGUCCGACUUCUGUCAAAAACCUGGAAUGAAAUCUUAUGUAGCAAUUCCCCAUAAGCUCUUCUUAAAACAUCCUGAGAUGAUUUUACUUGGAGAGUUUUUGGAUGUAUUGUGAAACCAGCAAAUGUGCCCUAAAAUAGAAGGGGGAUGUUUGUUGUUGUGGGCGUUUCGUCUUUUUUUGGAUACAGGAUAUUUAUAAUCAAGUAUUUGAACUCGGUUUUGAUGUGCAAACAAGGCAGUAGCCUCAUAAGCUCAGAGCACCUGCAGUUUUUCAUCCUUCUUUAUCUCUCCAUCAGUUUAUUCUUAAACAUUUGUUAUACCAGUACAAAACCCCUCUGCAGGGUGUCAUGCCCCCCCCCCCCCCCCCCCCCCCUUUUAUUAAAGACUGUUAAUGGCAUCCUGGCUGGGACAGUGCUGCGGGUGGCUUCCUGUCACGUUGCCUCCGCAGAACACCGCAAGGAAGCAAACGUUUCUCGUAUCCUCUCAUUGUGUUGCUGUUUCCUGCGAGGCAGUAGACUGGACGCAUGUCCUGGAUACAGGCUUUUUUAUGGCACCCAACGUGUCGGAGGGCCCAAUCACGUCCUUCUUGGGGUCCCUCAUAGCCCAGCACAACAGGAAGCCAGGCGCACUCGCGUCCUGUUGUGCUCCAGUCAGCCUGGCCUGGGAGAGCUCUCGGCUGAAUCCGAGUUCAGAAUGAAGACUUUUGAUGCAAAUGAUCUCUAUCAGGGACAGAACUUCAGCAAAGUUCUCAGCUCUCUAGUUGCAUUAAACAAGGUGACUGCAGAUAUAGGGCUGGGCAGUGACUCUGUAUGUGCACGUCCCUCAUCUCAUCGGAUAAAGUCUUUUGAUUCUCUGGGAUCGCAGUCUUUACACAGUAGAACUUCAAAGCUCUUUCAGGGACAAUAUCGGAGUCUGGACAUGACAGAUAACAGCAACCAUCAGUUGGUGGUGAGAGCAAAAUUUAAUUUUCAACAGACAAAUGAAGAUGAACUUUCUAUAUCAAAAGGCGAUAUUAUUCACGUUACAAGAGUGGAAGAAGGAGGCUGGUGGGAAGGAACUCUGAAUGGCAAAACAGGGUGGUUUCCAAGUAAUUACGUACGAGAAAUAAAAUCCAAUGAAAAGCCAGUCUCCCCCAAAUCAGGUACAUUGAAGAGUCCACCUAAAGGCUUCGAUACGUCUGCAAUCAACAAAAGCUAUUACAAUGUGGUGCUACAAAAUAUAUUAGAAACAGAAAACGAGUACGCUAAGGAGCUACAGACAAUGCUUUCAAACUACCUGCGACCAUUACAAGCUAGUGAAAAGUUAAACUCAGCAAACACUUCAUACUUAAUGGGAAACCUGGAAGAAAUAAGUUCUUUCCAACAAAUGCUUGUACAGUCUUUAGAAGAAUGCACCAAGUUGCCUGAAGCUCAGCAGAGGGUUGGAGGAUGUUUUCUAAAUUUGAUGCCACAAAUGAAAAGCUUAUACCUUGCAUACUGUGCCAAUCAUCCAUCAGCAGUAAAUGUUCUCACAGAACACAGUGAGGAGCUAGGAGAAUUCAUGGAGAUGAAAGGUGCCAACAGCCCUGGGAUCCUUGUACUGACCACAGGCCUCAGCAAACCUUUUAUGCGUCUGGAUAAAUACCCCACGUUACUCAAAGAACUUGAAAGGCACAUGGAGGAUUAUCAUCCGGAUCGUCCAGAUAUUCAAAAAUCCAUGACUGCCUUCAAAAAUCUUUCUGCACAGUGUCAAGAAGUACGGAAACGGAAAGAACUUGAACUACAAAUACUAACAGAAGCAAUCCGCUGUUGGGAGGGAGAAGAUAUUAAAACACUUGGCAAUGUAAUUUACAUGUCCCAGGUCAUGAUUCAGUGUGCUGGAAGUGAGGAAAAGAAUGAAAGGUAUCUUCUUCUCUUCCCUAACAUAUUGCUAAUGUUGUCUGCCAGCCCGAGAAUGAGUGGGUUUAUCUAUCAGGGAAAACUGCCAAUGACCGGAAUGACUAUCACAAAGCUAGAAGACAGUGAAAACCAUAAAAAUGCAUUUGAAAUAUCAGGAAAUAUGAUUGAAAGGAUACUAGUGUCAUGUAACAACCAACAAGAUUUGCAUGAGUGGGUGGAUCAUCUGCAGAAGCAAACCAAAGUCACAACUGUUGGGAAUCCCACCAUUAAACCUCAUUCCGUGCCAUCUCACACACUUCCUUCCCAUCCAGUAACGCCUUCCAGCAAGCAUUCAGAUAGCAAGCCGAUACCACUGACUCCUGCAUACCACACUCUCCCUCAUCCGUCGCAUCAUGGGACUCCACAUACCACGAUAAACUGGGGACCUCUGGAACCUCCGAAAACUCCCAAGCCUUGGAGUCUGAGCUGUUUACGGCCUGCACCUCCAUUAAGGCCUUCAGCAGCACUUUGUUAUAAAGAGGAUCUCAGUAAAAGCCCUAAAACCAUGAAAAAGCUGCUUCCCAAACGCAAGCCAGAACGGAAGCCAUCAGAUGAAGAGUUUGCACUGAGAAAAAGUACAGCUGCUUUAGAAGAAGAUGCUCAAAUUCUUAAAGUCAUUGAAGCAUAUUGCACAAGUGCCAAAACACGUCAAACACUAAAUUCAAAUGUCUAUAUGAAGGAUCGCACUGCUCUCCCUCGCCCCCAGUCGGGCACUUCUCAUGAAAACCCGGCAGUCCAUGCUCAUUACAUGCAGUGUUUUGAUAAUGUCAUAUUACCUAUGGUCAUAUUGUCACUUUACUGUAUGCAGUAGUGUGGCAGCAAACAGGGUUUAGAAGUUUACUUGCCUGUUAAAAUACACAGCUGUCAAGUGACCAUUCUUCUUGAAAAGACGAGAUGAAAAUGGUUCCCCAGAUGAAAGCUCAAGUGUUCAACACCUGAAACUCUAGGUACAACUGCAAUCAAAUUGGCUUGUAUGAAGUUCUUAAAAACAGAAUGCUUGCCUUUUGUUUUUUUUUACUGUUUUGGAGCAUGUCUGUUACAGAUUUUAUUGUCUUGUAACUUCUCUCACGAGCAGGUUUGUUUACAGCAACAGCUCUUCGCUUACAAUUGUGUUGGCAUUUCAGAGAACUGUGACACCUUAUACACAGCUGGUGGUCUUGAACCUGCAUCUGGGGCAUGAUUGGGGUGAAGUGUGUGUUCUGUCUUGUGGAUAAUGCAGUUGGGAUUGAAACAAAAUGUUUUCCAAAUCUUCAUUAGCAUUAGGGAAAAGCGUAUGAUAAAAGGACAGAAAUAGUUCUCGUUUUCACCAGGAUCCCUGGAUACAGUUCCUUUAUCCUUUUCCAAGUGUUAUCCAGUGUUCAGGUAUUAGCCUAGGGAUAAAUUCAGAGAAAUCAUGAUGCAAUUAACUGCUGCCUGGGACCUUGAUCGCACUGUUUUAAAGUUUCCAGGUAAUUAAUAUCUUCCUGCAGGUUAUGUGAUCAGAAAGUUAGUAAUUGUUAGAUAUGAAUGAUUCCAGAAGGUGAUCAGCAUGGAGAAGCUAUUUCAGAACAGCUUGAUUUGCAUUUCAUCUUGCAUUGUUUGGUCACAUGCUUUAUCCUUUAUUGUUAUUGUAUUAAAAAAACUGAUUAACAAAAGCAGCAACGCUUACUGAAGAGAAUUUUCAGGGGUCUGUCUUUCUGGAAAUCAUACGAGUUCCUGGUCAUUAAGUUAGUAUAUAUUUCAAACUUUUUCCUAAGUGGAGGAAUAUUGCUUAGAGAAAUGAUACAAGUAUGUGUGCUCCAUACCAUUCCACAGUGCAUCUGUAAGCCACUUCACUUCCCCUUUUCCUUUGAGUUUUUGUUUUACAUAUAUGGAACGUAUGGAUUUUUUUUUCCUGUUGAGCUGUGGUGUUCUAGUUAAAUAAUGUUUUCUGCAUUGGAUAAAUGAUAAUUCUUUUAUGUCUGUUUCGUGUUACAGUGUAAAUAUGAGUUUGAAAUACAGUUGCUGCACUUGAAUUUCCUUAUCACACAGAAUGUUUUGUUGUCGAGAUCCGAAGAUUUUAUUGACUUUCUAUGCACCAAAGCUUUGACAGUUUACCACCAUUAAUUAUUGUAGCAUUUAAGUCAUUAACUUGGAUCAUAAUUAUGCUCUUUCAUAUUAACAUUAUUACGCAUUUAAAUCAUUCAGUGUCCUCAGUGUUACAGGCCACUCGCUAUUGUGAACCAAUCGGGCGUAUUAUACUAUACCAUGCUUAAAAAAAUGCAAUGUGGAAAUGGUGGUAUUCAGUCCAAAGGUUCAGUGUUUCUAUUUUUGUGGAACUUUAGUCAUGGUAAUAAUAGUACCUUCUGUUUAUGCAAUUCUGUAAAAUAUAUGUGUACAGUUACUGAUAUACUGGAAGGAUGGAGAAUCUGAGUUAGAAGGUAGGUUCAAGCCAUUGUCAGCUCCUCCUCACACGGCUUAAACAGUGUUCCCAUAAAUUAGCAUUUGCCAUAAAUUGAAGCCAACCAAUAUGAAUGGAGUGUUUUGCAUAAUCCUGCCAAAACACAGUAAUGUGUACAUAGUGACGUACAGCAUAGAAAAAAAUUAUAUAUGGUGCACUUCAUUUGUGAAUGGGAGAAGCCAUCUUCAGUAGGUGACUGCCUUUUGGAAAUACAAAAUGGAUGUAUAUCUGAAUGUUGCAUUGUACUGUACAGUAUGCAUAUUGUUUGUGGUUGCAUAUAUCAAUUAAGUGUUUUGUUUUAUAUAAAAAGGACAUCUGUUAUGUACAGUUGAAAUAAAUUUUGCAUUUGCUAGACUGUGACUUUAAUAUUUAAUUAUUACACAGGGGGAAAGGACAGCAUAACUUGUAACUUAACAUGUUGCUCCUAUUCUCCCCAUGCCUCCUUUCUCUCCCUCCCCUCUCCUUAGAGGAAUCAAAUGCUGAAGUGAAAAAGCUUUUUUGACAUAAGUGUAUAAUCUUUGUUUUAAUGUAAAUGACAACUGCAGGAAAUUCCGUGUAACGGGAAGUAUGUAGCCUCUUCAUUUUUAAAUGAAAUGGCAAAAAUGAGUGAAGCGGCAAAAUUUCUGAAAUGUUAAAAUGUUUGUUUUUGUUGCCUCCUCCCCUCCCCCCAAUUGAUUCUUCUUUUUUUUGAAUUGGUGUAUUUUCAAUAAAAGCACAGUUGAAUUUUUUGAACAAUUUAAAAUAUACUACUGCAGGUCCUGUUACCACAGAUAAAGUUUGAUACUUAUUUCUAAAACCUUACACAUUUUCAUGAUUUAAUAUUGCAACAUUCUUCUCUUUAAAGCAAGUCUUCUUGUGUUCCUGCUUAAGAUAUUUAUACUUGAGUGAUUUAAAAUAAAAAAAACAACCUAAUAUAUACACUAAAAUAUCUGUAAUGGAACAAAAAAUAUAAUAUAGUUGUUAAAUAUUGUAAGAUUUUUUUGCUGUGACUUCAGCGACUCUAGUUUUUGUCCUACAGCCCCCUGGUUGCUUUUUUUAUUGCUUAGUGAAAUGUAGGAAAUCUUGAGGGAUGAUCUGCCACUUCAGAUGAUGUAUCUGUCUUUCAAACUCUUCAUUCUGUUCUUCAGUGACUCAGGUUUGCACACGGAAUUGUAUGUUUGUUUCAGUCUAUUCUCAUUUUAAUCAUCAAAACAUUUUGCUGUAAACUGCCUAGAUCUGUCAUCUGACUCAUGUGGGGUUCUUUCCUAUUUGUGUACCACUACUAGUGAAAAAUAAAUAAAUAAGCUUCAUGCCAAACCUUUUUUUGCUGCUCCAGAGAGUUUGCAAAAAAUGGUGUAUUUUAUACGGUGUGCUUAAGUUUGGCCUGAUGUUUGGUUUCUGUUUUCUUGUUAUCUGCACAAGAUAUUAAAGGGCUCCCUUUUGACUUUUGACAGAUCUAUAGCAUGAAGGAUUUCUUUUUUUCAAUACUUCAAUCUCAACAUACACAGAGUUUGGGAGCACCAUUUUUAGAAUUCUUCACAAUAGGACUUCAUCAAAGAGUCACUGAGAAAGAGAAGGUUAACUUGGAAGGUCUGCUCAUCCACUUUAGCAUCUUGACUCUAACUAAUACAAUGAAGAACAGUAUUUUAAAUAAUAAGUAAUGCUUAUUUUUUUCAUCACUUGCUUCCACAGGAAAAUGACAUAUCUUUUGUAUAUAACAGUGGCUAACUUAUCUAAAAAAAACAAUUUGUAUUGCACAUAUUUGUUUUUCAGUGGCAAGUCAGACUUCUGCCUUUGAAACUCAAGGAAAUAAUUUUGAAGAGCUUCCUAGCUUAUGAAGAGAGCCUAUUAAAGUUGGUAGAAAAAGGGCUGUAUAGUUACAAAUACCGUUUCUUCUUUUUUACAUUUACUGUGCCUUUUGUUGUGCAGAAGAAACAUUUCUAAUGGCCUGAAACUAUGCCAUAUGUGUUUUUGUAAAGUUAACCACUAUCCCUAUGGGUCUAAUUUCAGUAGCUUAAAUUAGGAACCUCACAGUUGCAGGAAGAAGGCAAACUUUCAGAGAAUAUCACUGAAAGUACCUUGGUUGAGCCUUCUCAAAAUGGCCAGCUGGAGGAAGGAGCUCAGUUCUUGUCUGACUGUGAGGAGAGCCCACUUUUAAAUGAGGCCCUGAAGUUAGCAGUUUCAAGUAGGUGAAGCGGAUACCCACCUCCAUUUUAUUGUUGGCUUAAUUGGUUCCUAGACAGACAAGUUCUCUGAACGUAGGCAAAGAUUUGAUACGUAGUUCAAGCGAAAAGAUAUCUGAAUUUCAUCCCCCUUCUUUUCCUUCCCUCCUGCCUGCGCUACACUAAGGUCUGUGCAAAGCUUCCAAGGCUUCCGAUGUGUGUGAUGUUUUACUGGUUUCAGAUGGAGAUGAUCUGAAUUUCCGAUAUGAAGACUUUCAGACGCAUUAAUAUCCAAACAGAUUUCAGCUUUCCUGUUUUCCAGCCAUGCUCAGAACUGCUUGCUUGCCAGUGUGGCUCAUGAGGCUGAGAAGGGGAUCAGACACUGAAAACUAAAGCAGCGGCCUGCGACUGACAGGCCUGCUCUGUAGGUCCCUUGUACCAGGUUACACAGUGGGUGUUGCUCAGGUCUCUAGCCCUAGUGGGCUACGGUGCCAGGUGGGCUCUGUUAUUUGUGUUAUUCUAUAGGUUUAGCAAGCCUGGCCUCCAAUUUAAUGUUGGUAAAAAGCAUUGUGAUUCUUUGUUCUCCACUCGAGGGCUGCGAAAUAUUAAUACUGAAUAGAUACCUUUACUUGGUUGAUGGUAUUUAAUUGACAGAAACUUAGUUGAACCAUGUCCAUAAUGGUUCCAAGUUUUGCCUUUGUCUUUAUUAUGCAACAGUCUCCUAAUGAGGGUAUCUCAAGUCUUCCAGGACCCCAGAUUUAUGAGUUUCCCCAUUGGAAAGUUAUGGCGACUUCCUCAAUUUUUAAGCUCCAAAUCCUUUCUCAUUUCCUUCCCCCAACAGCUUCCCCCAAGAAGUAAAACCAAACGAAACCUGUGUUGUAAUGCUUGGGAUGGUUGGUUUUUUUUCUUCUUUCCCCUCCAUCAUUAUUUUUAAAGUAGUACUUUUGGUUGUUAUGUCUUGAGGUGUUUUAGGGGCAGAGUUUUUGGAGGUCAGCUUGAACAUUCUCUUUUUGCCUCUUUGACUUGUAGUGACACUACCCAGUUUUACUACAAGUCAAAUAGUUAAUACAAUUCAGCACAAAACUUGCAAAUUUAAGAUUGACAAAGGGUGGAUAUGGCAACCUGAAGCAGCUCUGGAGUCUUCUGCAUUAUCUUCUGCAUUAUUUUGUGAAAAUGUGGAAUACAUGUUGAGGAGGCACCUUGGAUUAUGUAACUUGCAACAACUUCUUGAACUUCACGUCCUCAAGCUGUAGCUUGUAAACCUUUUUGGAGAGAGAUGGUCACACGGAAUAUAGUUACAGAGAAGCUGGGGGAGGCAAUGGGUGUAGUUUCGGCAAUAUUGCUGAGUGCUAGUCAUGAGGUGACACUCCUCCUGAAGUUCAUUCUAGAUGUGUAUUUGCUAGAAAAUGCAUCUUUAAACAAAACAAAUGAAACAAAAAAAGGUAGUGAAAUUACUGCGCAUGUACUCAUUUGAUGAUCGGAUCCUCCUUUGUUGCAGGAUAUGUAAACCUUUAAUAGUUAGCCACUGCUUGUAAGGUUUAAAAAGAAACUUUCCAUUUGUGCCAGAGCAGUGAAGGUAGUGAAGGCAGUGAAGGUAGGACGUGCGAUGUCCUGAAUUCCACAGUAGUUGGUAUUCUGUGGCACAGAAAGGCCAAUGUUCACUUCAGUUUACAUCAUGUAAGUGUGUAUGUGUUCUGUGUGGUGUUCUCCUUGUGUGUAUAAUGUUGGUGAACGUUUUGCUUUUAUGAAGCUGUAUAUGCUGUGUCUCAAUAGUAUUAAGUGUUUACUGUGCUAUGCUGCACAUGCGUCAGGAUAUGCUAGUGUAGACAUCUGUUCCACAUGGGUGUGUAUAUAAUAACUUUACAGUUAGGACAUACUAUGUUUUUUUAAAGCUGUCUUCUCCAUGCUAUUUCUGCGUUUGGCAAGGACCCAUGUUACUCUGACCAGGCAAAGACAAUUGGAUGCAUCUCUGUACAGAGAUAAAUACAAUGCGUUGCUCCGUCUUUGGUUGAAGGGAGUCAUGGGUGAGAAACACAUGGCACUUCUCUCUCUUUGGUUGGAGUCUCCCUCAGCACAUGCUAGGCUGAAGCGGUCAAAACUGGUACAGAGACCCAAAAUUUAGUGAUCUGGUAGCAGCUGGUACCAACUAACUUCCUAAAAUACCAUUUAGCUCGAUGUUGUGUUACAUCUUGGGCAAAUAAAGCCAAGGAGUAACCAAUUAACUGAAAUAAACAGAAGGCAACUUUUUUUUACAACUAAAGAUUGAUAGUGCAAACAAGGAAACGUCCAUGAGCCCCAUUUGCUGAGCUUGUUUUGUAGGUUGCACUUUCCCAGCAAAAUGAGGGGGGGUUAUUUAUUUGGAAAGGAUUUGUUCACUUGGCGAGGUCAAGAACUUAAGGCUUUCAAGGACGAGAUUCUGUUCUCAAAUAUGCAGUUAUCUUUAUUCCACAAAAUUUGACUGUCAUGUACUGAUAUGUUUGAUCUUUGCUGUUACCUUAAGGAAACUUUUCUUUGUUAAAGGAUGUAUGCCAUUGCUAAAACAGUUAAAUGAGCUUAACAAGUCCUGCGAAACUGUUCCCUACAAGCUUGUUGUUCAGAACUCAAGACUGCAGCUGUUAAGGAAGUUAGGAUUUUUCAAUGAACUCGAUUUCCUUAAUUUUCUGUGUGUUUAGAUUUUUUAUAUAUACAUUUUAUAUAUAUAUAUAUAUAUAUAUAUAUAUAUAAAUGUUUUAUAUAUUUAUUAUUAUGAAUUGUAAAAGAAACACUGUUACCACAAACAACUGUUCGGCAGGGGCUAUCUCCUGACACAUGUAAUCCUGUAGUACCUAUCGACUUGUUCAAACUGUACUAGAAUAAAGGCAUUCCUUGUCAGUGAAAACUCAUCACAGCACAUUGGUAGGCAGACAUACCUUGCUUGUUAAUACUCAUAUCUUGGUUAAAAUAUACAGGAAUUUUAACGCCUUAUCUGCUGUAUUUGAAUUCUGAACAAAUGCUUAGGUAGCAAUUUACAGCCCUCUUAAAAAUGCUUGUAAUUUAUUGCAGCCUAACUAAGUAAUGUUUCUAGAAUGCAUGCUUUAUGUAUGUAUGAAUGGACGAGCAUCUCUGAGCAGCAGGUUUUCUAUUUAGAGCUACACUACUAGAAUUUGCGUGAAUUAAAUCUUGAUGUCAAAAAUUGUAAUUGUAGAAAACGUUCUGAAGAUGUUAGAAUGCUUUGAGUUUUUGUUGUUAAACCAUUAAGUGCAUUAUUAACAUUUUAAAUGUGAACUAUGUAUUUCAUUUAUUAUAGGACAAGAAGACAGUCUUAAAGCGUAUGUGUAUGUCUGUGCAGACACAAUUGUAGUGUUUAUGGUGUUCUGGGGAAAGGGUUUUUAACUUUUUUCUUGUGUUGCUGUAUCAUUUUAUAUCACUAUUCUGCUCCUUACUGAUAGAAUAAUUGGUUUAGGGUGGCAUUAUGUCUUGGAUUUUUAUUGUGUGAGAUCAGAAUCUGUCCUUGAGGCUUAAAUUGCUACUUCUUGAAUGCAUCUAUCUUCCUCUGACUCAGCUAUGGUAGAUUUGUACAGAUUUUACUGAUAGUUGACCAGUGCACUGUACAUUGAACUGUGUAGCAUCCCCAUCAAUAACACAGAAGUUGUCAUCACCAGGAUAGAAAUCUCAGACAAUACUUAUUUUUGUUAUAAGGCUGUGGAUUCAAAUGUAGAAAAAGGUGUCAGUAAUCUGUGUAUGUAGAGGGAAGGGGAGAAAUUGAAAGUGAUGUACCUUGGUCAUGCAGGUGUAUCAUGCAGUGAAUGAAAUAAUAACCUGUAAAAUUUCCCUGACACUGUCUGCAAGUUUCUCAUUUUGUAAUUUAUU